GAGAGGGGGAAAAUAAAGAGACUGGAUGAAACAUAUAAGAUAUAAUAGGGCCUUUAGGGGGAAAAUUCCGCGCGAAGUUUAGAUGAAUGCUGCGAUCCAUUGAUAAUAACCAUUUUAUUAGAAAAAAAGUCUUCAGGUUGCGUCAUCAUCAUAUGAUCAAAACUUUGGAUGCGAUUGCAAAUUUGCUAUAAAUAGACCUUGACGAGACGAAUCAACGUACCAUACCGUACCGGAUUGGCCGUCACGGCGCCACCGGUCGCGCCGGCGGUCGGUCGCCCUGCAGCUGUACGAACUACCGUACUACUUGCUUGCGCUUUUGCUGGUGAUUACUGACUGUCUGUGUACAAAAAUUGUGAAGAACUCGAGUAAAAAUGGACAAGUUAAAGAAAGUAUUACGAGGAGAAGAAGAGGAGCAAGAUGAACAAAGCAUAAUAACAGACGUAUACAGUGCAUCUUCAUUAAGCUGGUCGACCCGCAUUAAAGGAUUCAUUGCCUGUUUUGUCAUAGGCUGUUCACUCUCCCUAUUGGGUUCCUUCCUUCUCUUCAUUCCUUCAAGUCACAAUCUUCGUUCAUUUGCCAUUCUUUAUUGCUUCGGCACUGUCAUAGCUCUUUCUGGGACCCUGUUUCUAAUGGGACCCAUUAACCAGCUCAAGAAUAUGUUCAAGGAGAAGAGGAUCAUAGCAACGUUGAUAAUGCUCCUAAUGAUUGCUUUGACACUCAUGGCUGCAUGUUGGUGGGAAAUCACCAUUCUGGCAAUCCUCUUCUGCUUUUUACAAUUUCUUGCAUCAUUAUGGUACUCCAUAUCAUACAUCCCAUAUGCAAGAGAUGGGGUGAAGAAAUGCUGUGAGGGAUGCUUUGCAUAGGUCCAACACACAAUAGGUAUGAGCCAUAGUGAAAACAUGUCAGGAAUCCGCAAUAUGUUUUUUUCCUGCUAUCAGCGUUGAGAGAGUAUGUUUUCUGUAUUUUUUCUUCUAUCACACCACAAAUGCAAAACAUUAGAAAGGGCAUGAAAAGGAUGUCCAAGGUGAAUGAGAGGGCCAUCCAAAGUCUUGGCCUUGGAGGGCCUUGGAUUAAUGUUUGCCCAGGGGGCCGUUUCAUAAAGCUGUUCGUAAGUUGAGAUUGACUUCAAGAACGACUGGGGAACCUUUCUUGUGGUUAAUGAUAUUCACCAUUAAAUGUUCAUUGGUGAUGAUUUAGCGCUAAAGAAAGGAUCAUCAGUCGUUCUUAACUUACGAACAGCUUUAUGAAACACCCACCUGGAGUAAUUGUGGCUCGUAUUUUCAUACACCAAGUUAAAAAGAGAUACAUAUCAACCUUGCCACCUUCUGCAUAUAUUUUUUUCAUGAGAGAUACAAGUUAGGUUUUUGGCAGACCGUGUACAGAAGUACCUGUUCUCAUAUCUUUAUAUUUCUUUACACCCCCUGGUAUCAUGAAAAUAAAUUUGGGGGGGUGUUUCACAAAGAUUUCAGUAUGCCUUAGAGUCAGUCGCACUUAUAUGCCUAGUUGCGAAGCGGUUUAAAAUCAUUACCGCAUUGGUCAGAUCAUGCGAAGAGGACGCGCACUACCUACUGUGUAAUCAAUAAGAUUGUGCAUUGCAUUUCAUACAUACAUUGGCAUUAAAGUGCGACUCUUAAAGUCAUACUUAAAUCUUUGUGAAACACCCCCCCCCCGAUCUUUAAUAUUCUAUGAAUGUAUACUGUGAAUAAGAGGGAUCUUGUGGUUACCUUUUGACACAUACGACCCUGUUUUUAGGGAGGUGGGAUUGAUUUAGGCAUGGUUGACAACAAAUGUGUUUUGUCAGAUCACUGUAUUACUAAGAGGACAUCCUCAUAUAGUUCACUCAAAGAUCUAAUCAAGUGUGACACUUGCAUACAUGAAAUAUGUUUCCAACUUAUUCUGUGUACAAGAGUAGCUGCAUGAAGCAGUCAAUGUAAUGGCUAGUUUAAUUUUCUAUAUGAGUCACGCCUUGUUGCCUCUGCCUUUCAUUCAAAAGCAUUAGCCUUUCUUUGUCCAAAUGCUAUUUAUACAUGUAUAUUAUUGUACAGAAAUUCACUAUUUAGAAUUGAGAUCUAUUACACUGAAUAACCUUUUCUAGCAAAUCUUAUGAUAUUCAUAAUUUUUUUUUCUUUUCAUAUUUUUUUUGUAUCAGAGGAAUUAUAUCACAACAUCUUACUUUUUAUUCAUUUUAGAUUUGUUUUCACUUUGAUUUACACCUGUUUUAAAUCUUGGUAAUAUGUAAUGAUAAUUUUUUUUUUUUGGAAUUUGUUGCCAAAUAGAACAAAAGGAAAUAUCAUAAAACAUAUAAUGUACGAAAAAUUUGAUGUAAUAUCUGAUACUUGUGGUUAAAUUUUAUGUAAAAAAAAAAUGGGUGCCCAGUAACAAUUAUGCUUAAAAAGCACAGCUUCUUUUUUGGCAUCAAAUACCUCGUAUGGAAGCAUGAAAAGGGCAAGACUUUUAGAGACGAUCUGUCUAUGCAGCUUUCUGAAAUGCUUUCCGUAAUAUUUGUAAGAUACAUCUAAGUGCUCAAAGGACCUUUAUUUGGAAAGAUAAACACAUUACCUUGAGCAAGCGCUAAACAUGAUAGCUAAAAAUGUUAACUUUUCAUUAAGCAUCAGGGAAUGAAAAGUUAUAUGAUGUUCACUAUUUUUUUUUUAAGAUUGGAAUUUUAGGAUUGUAGUCCAAUAUUGGUUACAUUAUUGAACCUGUACCAAAGUUUUUAUCAGGCCUUUAGACUAUUUUCUCUUACUUUUUGUAUAAAGAUUAGUGCCUUAAUGCAUUUAAUGUAUUACACAAAUCUAAUGGUAGCAUUGGUACUAAAUGUAUAUUUGAUUUUGAUUUCCUUACUUGCACACUAAUAAUAAAAUUAUGAUGGUAUUGUACAGGAAUUAAAGAGUAAUUGCAUCUUUUGCACGAAUGUGAUUUUCAUGAAGUACUGUAAUUGCACCGAAACCCUUUGCCCCAUAUUUUGAAAUCUAGUUUAAAGGAGAAUGAAAUCUUUGGAACAAGAUAGCUUGUGUGAGAACAGAAAAAUCAAAGAAACAGAUCAACAAAAGUUUGAGAAAAAUCAGACAAAUAAUAAGAAAGUUAUGAGCAUUUGAAUAUUGCAAUCACUAAUGCUAUGGAGAUCCUCAUAUUGGCAAUGCGACAAAGAUGUGUGAUGUCACUUGUGAACAAUUCUCCCCAUUACUUUAGUAUAUAUUUCACUGAAACUGCCUCUUUUUUCACAUCUAUCAGUAGAGCAUAUAUUCUUUCUAUAGGAGGGCAUGUAAUACAGAUCUUUAAAGAAUACAUCAUGGAUAAAGAGUUUGUAUCACCAUAAGAAAAAGCAAAAAGAGACAUUUGGGGGUAUUUUAUAGUCCAUCAAAGGGAAAGUUGUUCACAUGUGACAUCACACAUCCUUGUCGCAUUGCCAAUGGGAGGAUCUCCAUAGCAUGAUUAGUGAUUGCAAUAUUCAAAUGCUCAUAACUUUCUAAUUAUUUUUCCGAUUUUUCUCAAGCUGUCUUUGUUGUUAUUCUUUGAAUUUUUCUGUUUCGACACAAGCCUACUUGUUCCAAAGGUUUCAUUCCCCUUUAAAUAAGACCAUUGUAAAACUCUCUCUAAAAGGAUGUGGGGAGAGAAAAAUCUUAGAUUUUGUUAGCAUUGUAUGUUAUGUUAUAUACUCUUUCCUACUGCUUUGAUGAUGAAGAAUUAACUUUUAAUCCCAGACAGUAAUGAAUGACUUUAAUGUCAAAUGAGGUGAGAAAUUGAACCUGUAACUGUCAGAGAUUUGUGCCACAAUUAGCUAUCCAUAGUUAAACCACAACUUUAGACUAGAGUUUGAAUUAAACCCGAGUUAAGAAUACUGGCCAAAUGAAAGAGAUAAUUUUUCGCAUCUCAAAAUCUAAGGUCUUCACUCUUCAUGCACAUGUCAGAAUUAACAGGUUUAACACCUUUUUUUCCAAAAUGUUGUAUACUUCAUGGUUUGUGAAUGAUUUUAAUUAGCAGACAAAAAAACUCUUAUUUCCUAUAUUCGGGGGUGACUUUUCACAGCCUAGUGCCUAAAUCUGCAACAAUUGUGAACAGAGAUUUUCUGGGGGUCUUUUCUAUUCUCCGGGCUAGUUUGAGGGCAAAAUAGCCCCCGGCCACCAUGUCAUUUUCCCCUGGAAUUAAGUGUACUUAGGAUUACUGUUGAUGUUCAGUCAUGUCUGCAAAACUUUGUGGAAGUUUUAAUAUGUUGUGACGGUCAUUUAUUUAGAAUAAGAUAUUUUGCAAUAUAAAUUUUGAAUACCGUG